AUGGCGAGUAUCACAGAGAGUAAAAGCUAUCUUACGAUAGUACAGUCCUGCGAUAACUUCCCCUACGACAUCAAGCCAGAAGAUGUCUACUACCAGCUGUUCCUCCCCGAAGACGCCCAGCCUCACGGCUACAUUCUGCCCGCAAUCGUGGAGAAGAUGCCCUGGACAUCUCACUUCCGCGUGCAAGACACCGCCCCGCGCAGCGUCACCGUGCUCGACGCCUCCCACGGCGCAGACACGGCCGGCGCCGUCAACGCCGCCUUCGCAGCCCUAGUCAGCAUCUGCAUCGAGCGGGACAUCUUCCACUGCAUCGCGCGGCAGCACAGCGAGCCCUUUGCCGUCAUAGGGGCGCCGCACCCAGUCCGCAUCGAGCGAUUCGCGUCCUCGCUCUUCGGCAUCACGUGUCGGGGCGCGCACCUCACAGCCUACACCAUUACCCAGGACUUGAACGACAACGACAAGAUAACGAAACUAACGGCACGAUGA